UAAAAUUGAUUGAGGGUGUUGAUUAUUCUUAAAAAGAUAUUAAAUAUGUCAAAUAUGUUGCAUAAAUUUGAUUAGAUAAUUAUUAAUUUUUUUUAUCUUUUCUGUUUUUGUUUUUGUUGAUGUUGAUUCAGGGAUUUAUUAUGGGCUAUAUAUAAUAAUUAGACAUAAUUUCGUGGGCUAUAUCGAAUGAUUAUAAAGAUCUGUUUGAUUAGAUUAAGCACUAAUUUUAUAUGGGCUAUAGUUAAUAAAUGUUUGAGCUAUGUUUAAGAGAAGCCUUAAAUUAUAGUUACAAUCAUCUCAAAAAUAUACUUAUUAUUGAACCUUCUUCAAUCUCAGCAACGUGCUUCACGCAAUAGGCAUAGAAAAUCAGAAGUUGUUCCUUAACAAAAAUAAUGUUAUUUUUACCUUAUUUUUCAAUUAUGGGUCGAGAAUUUUGCUCAAAGACAAAGGUUCCGAUAGAGUUCUACUAGAUGGUUAAUAUACAUUUUGUUUCGUGCACAUACUUAAAUGCGCUUAUAUAAUAUUGAGUUUUCUCUUUUUACUUCUAACUCUAUAAUUGACUUAUCCAAACACCAUAUAAAGCCAAAAGAGUUUUGCUUCUGAUUUCCGAAAACUACUUCAGUUUGUGUUCGCCAAACAGGAACCCAUUUAUCCUAAUUAGCUGAUGGUAAGUGGGUAAGUCUCAAAAUCCAUUAGCAAUGUCAUGCAACAUGCAAUAGUUGCAUAAACAAGCAACUCUUUGGUAAAACGAAAACGGUGAAAAACAUUUUGUGCUAAUACAUUCACCCGAGACUAUAGCCGUUACAGUUGAUUUUUUUUUUCUCCAUCAAUCUGACAUCUUGUUUGUCUGCAGCUGACUCAUCUGAUGAGUCAUCUGGAUCUGAAUCGUCUGGAUCUAACUGAAAUCACCUGACUCAUCUGGAUCUGACUCACUGAGAUCUGACUCAGAAAAUUUGUUUGUUUCGUGAGUCAGACCUGACUCAACUGACUAUACUUUUAUGGACAUAAAAUACCCUUGUAUAUAAUAGGUUAUCUGGAAUCAUUUUUUUACUCACUUCAUUUAUAAUUUAUAACCUUGAACAAAAAAGGGAACAUAUACAUUCAUUUGCUUUCAUUCACCAAUAAUUUUAUGUUCAGUAGAAAAUGAACUGUAACUUGCACAUAUAUAGAUGGAAACUCUUUGCGGGAAAAAAAAAGAAGAUCAAACUGUUCCGAGAGGUGAACUAUGCGUAACCAAUAAGGACCUCUUAGGACAUCAGAGAUAUCAAUGGGCAAUAGGGAGCAAGCAACAUAACAUCACCAUGCAGUCCUUGACUCCCAAACAUCAUUCAAGGGAGGAUUCCAUGGGACAUGAGUUUGGGUUACGUAUGAACUACUUGGCAAUGGUCCUUGAGAUGUUCCAUUAGGUGCCACAGAAGCAAGACCAGCUCUGGUGGAGUUUCGUCGAGCAAGUAAGGCUCUGUCAGUCAGCUUAAUACAAUCCAAAGGAGGUUGCUAGACAGGUAUUUGCAUACUCCGAAAGAUAUCCAAUAAAAACUCGACGGCAAGCAUGCAAACUACACAAUUCACCAUUAAUGCUACUACGAAAAUAAAAAGGAUUAACUAGCAUGUUAUAGCAUGGAUAACACCCAAUUUACUACUCCUAGUAAUCAAAUAUCAAGCAUGAAUCAUUUGGAGAGAAAACAUCAUUAACUAUAGCACAUACCUCGUUGUGAGGCCAAAGUUGGCCGAGACACACAUGCAUCAUAUAUCCAUCCUGAUUUCCACUCGAUAACAAAACGAGCCAAUACUCCACUGCCCAAGUACGGAUUAGUGGAGAAUAAGUGGGAAAAUCCCAUUUCUCUAUACUACUGGAUCUGCUGCACUCCACCAAGUGCAUGAUAAGGAGAAUAAGUCAUUGCUAAGGAUAUAUUCUAUCUACGAAAUUUGCAAAUAAGAUGUACACAAAAAUGAGACAGAGAAAAUAGGCUCAAGUGUCUCUAAUAAUAAUUCACAAAAAUACUCAGUCAGUAAACCUAACUUCAAAAUUUUCAAUAUGACAAAAGCAAUAUUCUUUGGCUACGCAUUCCCAUCAAACAUGGAUGCAAGCAUCACCUACAUCUCUAUUGUACAUACUACAUAUGUUCCAUAUUCACACAUAAUCCAACUUUAGCAUAUACAUAAGAUUACCUAGGAUCAGAUAUAUGGAGUGCUGGCAGUGUCAGUAAGUUAUUUGUUCAUGCACUACAUAAACCGCCCAGGUAUAGAAGAAGCACAAUUAUAAGUUAAUAAGCAUUGUCGAACCCGAAGUACAUAAUCAUAAAUAUCCGGUAGAAAUAGUAAAACAAUGCAAUAUUUUUAUUUUAAUGUGUUGAAAGAGAAGUAGCUGGUAGCUGAAGAUGCAAAUUGUCAUUCAAAAGCUUGAUUUACUUCUCUCUUAGGCAUUUUUACAAACAACUAGAUGCCAACAAAUUAACUGACCCAUAGAAACUAACCAUAGUUUAAUCUACAAAUACCCAAUUUCUUAAGCAAACAAUAUAUGCGAUAAAGUUGUACCUUCACACAACUUUUAUGCUCUUCUUUCUCCCUGAAAGUCAUUUAAGAACUCGAUUAGAUGAAAACCCAUGUUCCCAAAUCUCAUCCACUAAAGUAACAAUCACAACAAAUGAAGAAAACCCAUAUUCCCAAAUAAAAAAACUGAUGUUUCCAAAGAAAAAAAACUCAUUUUCCCAAAUCUCAUCCACCGAAGUUGAUGAUUCUUCAAAAAAAAAAAAACUCAGAUGGGUUAGAGAGAUGGAGAAGAUGAGUUGAAUUGUUGAAAGAGAUGCAAAAUAUGAAUUGAGAAAGAUCAAGAAGAUCAACGUAGAGAGAUUAAGGUGAUCUUUUUUCGUUCUCCCAAUUUGUUAUUCCGUCGAAGAAUGAAGAAAAAUGAGAAUGAAAAUGACAUACAUUUUCGUUUUAAAAUGUCGAGGAAAUUUUAGUCAUUUUGGUCGACUGAGAUGUUCACUCCCAUGAGUAAGGGGUAUUAUGAUACCUGACUCCAACGAGGUCGAGUCGGGGUUAUAUCCGGCUCAGACGCCCAGUCAGGAAUUACCAAAAUUAGAAACCAAACAAUCUAAUUAUUGACUCGAUGCGAGUCAGGAAUUGACUCAGACCCAGACGCAGCCGAGUCAGCGACAAACAAACAAGAUGUAACAUUCUAAACGUGUUUUACCGGCCGCGUGAGACUUGACUUGUUUCCGCAGUUUCCCCGUAAGCCGCAUACAUUCCCCAUUUUUGCAAAAUCCCUCUAAAUUUCCGCAAUACAACCCGGUUACGCAAACACCCAAAAAUAGAAAAAAAUAAAUAAACAGGCCCGGGUUUCACCAACAAAAUUGAAUUCAAACCCGUUUCUCACUUCUCCUCUACAACUAAAAGUCUUAUUUUAUAAAAUCCAAAAUAUAAAUAAAAAAUACAGAUUCUUUUCCCUGUCAAAAAUUUUCUCUACUCAGCUCUACUCCAAGAAGAAGAAGAAAAGAAAGAUCUGAUUUCUUCUUCUUCUUUUCUUGUUCUCAAAAUUCUUUCUUAAUCAAUUAAUGGCGUUUGAAAAGCCAUGUCCAGGGAAUUCAUUUAGUUACAAUUCAACAUUAUGUGCUUGUUUCCCCGGUUACUUAUUAAAUUCAACAGAGAAAUCAUGUGGAUUGUUUAAUUCAUCAAUUAAUGAAUGGUCAAUGAGUACAGGAGUUAAAUAUUCAGCAACAUUUCCUGAAACAUUGCUUGGAUUUGAUUCUAUUAAGAAGUUUACACAAUCUCAAGCUGUGUUCUUAGAAGCAACCCUAGUUUUAGUACUUUCUUGGUUGUUGUUUUGUUUGUUUCUGAGGUUUAAGAAGCUUGGAGAUGGGAGUAGUAUUUGGUUUAAGGUUAGAUGGUGGAUUAGUCGACUGGAUUUCUGUUUCUCUACUCGUCAUUGGCUGGAUGAUAACAAUGUCGUAAAGAAGCGGAAGACAGAGCUUGGUGGAACUUUUUCUGUUGCUAGUUGGAUAGUUUUUGUUGGUUUCUUUGCAGCGUUGCUUUACCAAAUUAUAUCAAAAAGAUCUGUCGAAGUGCAUAAUUUGAGGGCAGCAAAUGCACCUGAGCUACUCUCCUUCAUCAAUGAUAUGGAGUUUAAUAUAACCACUGUUUCCAGUAUGAGCUGUUCUCAUUUACGUGGUCUUGGUACUUUAGUGACUGGGGUUCCAGGUUUCGUUGACCAUAGAGUGUUUCCACUGAAGACAUUUGCUAAUUAUUCUUGCCACAACACGAGCUUGGGCCCAACCGUUUCUCUCAAGUGCAGUAAUUGCCGUAUUGCUGCAGAUGACUUGUAUGUUUCCUGGCAGUUUGUUGAUCUUCCAAAUGAUCCUGCUACUGCUGUAGGGUUCCAAUUCAAUUUUACAUCAAAGAACGGUAAUGAUAAACACAUUAGCUUUGUCAACGGCAUACUGAACAAUGGGAGCAGUUUGGAUAACAGGCCAACUACUUUUCGAGGGCCUGAUGUGAAUGUCUUAAAAUUUCACUUAUUUCCACGACUAUACCAUAAUCAUCGUGAUUUAAAGCUAAUCCAGCCUCUUUUCCAUGAAUUUGUCCCGGGUUCCUCUAUUCUUGAAGCUAGUCAGCUUCAAGCAUCUCUUCAAAGUUUAGGAGGUGGAUUAAUCAAUACCACAUUGUUUAUCAACUUUCUUUCUGCCUACAUUGUUGAAGUUGACGAUGAAAAUUUUAUUGGGCCUGUUGGCUUCUUUGCGGAUCUUGGUGGUCUCUAUGCCAUUAGUUUUGCCAUAUUCUUUUACCUCUUGGUCCAAUGCGAGUACAGGGUCAAGAGGCUCCGAAAUGAAGAUAGUGUACUGAUAAAUAUAAGAAAUCGAACGAAAGCUCAACAGCAUUGGGAUAAGUUGCGUAAAUACGUAAUGUACACAUGGAAUUGUAAGAUUCUGGAAGAUCACAAUAGUAAUGGAGAUGAUGCACUUUGUGGUUGUGUGCCUGGAGAACCCUCGCGUGGAAAUGGAUCUGUGCACAAAAGAAAAAAAUCUAGCAGCAGAAUGGACACCAUCAGUCUUAAUAAAAAAGGCAAAUUACCUAUCGAGAUGAAUGCUAUCCGUAAGACUGCAGAUGCAGAGAGAGUACGGAAAUCAUACUCAGCAGGGACCCAAGUGAAACAUGGUUCUAGCGAGGGAGAUCAUCCCUCACGGCCUCAAGUAUCAAAUCACAGAACCCUACCCCUACCUCCUGAUCUAGAAUUUAGUGCCGAUUCUGGAACUGAUAUUUCUGACAUUCGUAAGAAUCUACAAAAUCUUUAUGAAUACAAUGUUAUGUUAAGGGAAAACUUAAUAAGUGCUCAUUCUAUGAUCGAGGCUUUAACCAAGAAAGAUCCAGUUCCAAAUACUGCAAGCCAAACAUAGCAUGGAACAUUGCGGGAGUAUAUAACCAAGAAAAACCACUGAGUUUUUAAAAAAACUUAAUAUUUUUUGGUCGAAGCACACAAGUAUCAGAUUAUGUUCUCAGAAGUGAACGGGAGAUAUAUUUUGAAUUCUUGUUCGCAAUGGGAUUGAUGCUCUGCUAACAUCACAUUUGUUAAGGUACUGCUCGGUGAUUUCUAAUUCCACAACGAGAACAUAGUCAGGUCUACACUACUGAUCCUGCUAAUUUCUGCAACUACUUUCUAUGUUGUGGACGAAGUAUGAUUGUGAUUGGUUCAGACAAGUUCAAUUUCGUAUUCUAUUUGUUUCCUUGACAACUCAACUGAAAGCGACCACCAAUGUCCAUGUUAACAGAUUAACUAAAAUAAAAUUGGACUUGUUCAUCUGGAAUUUCCUAAAACCUGGAGGGCAGCAGUCAGUGUGGAGUUCAGCUCGAGUAGGAGACAGCAGCUUAUUACUGAUCCAUGUCAUUGCAGAUAUUGUAGCUUGUUAGUUUACUUUUACAUGUUCAUUAUUGUACAAAUGUAAUACGAGUAUAUUUUGUGAUGAUACUACAAAAGAAAAAUCUUGCAGUCAGUAAUUAGAGUGCAGUUUCCCUCGGUGA